UUAGUUGGUGGGCCUCACAUAGUAAAUAUAAGAGCGAUCAUUCUGUAGCUUGUGAUAUAAAAGACAAUUUAAGGAUAUAUUCAGAAAAGUCAUGUAUUGGUGGUUUUUAUUUGUGUUUCUAUGUAUGUAUAACAAAGAUAUUGGGAAAAUUUACCAGACUAUUUCGUGGAUUUCAAGGUUGGGAAAAUUAGAAUUUUAUUCAAAAUGGCAGGUGGUGUUGUAUCACAUGAGAAGAAGCUCUCGAGCGCUCCAGGGAACCCGACGUCACUCAUUGGCUACGGAAAAAUCACGUGAUCCUAUACUGGGUCGGGACACGCAAUGAAUAUUGAAGAUAUAGUAUGCUGAACGCUUCAACCCAAGAAAUAAAUUUUGGAAAUCGAAAGAUGCAGAAAACAUAUUGCGAAAGCAUGCCAGCUUACCAAGGAUAUUAUCCACACGAUAAUGGUUAUAAGUAUGAAAAUGCUUAUGCAGCCUACGGCACCAUGGGGUCGGACUCUGCCCCGGGCUACUACCGUUCCUCGAGUUGUGCUGUUCAAACACCUAUGACACAAACGGGCGACCAGUGCCCGACCCUCACGGAAUACAGUGAUGGUUACAACAACUCGUGUAUGCAGACCAACCCUCUUGCCUGUCACCCAGGGGCUAAUGCUCUUCACGACUCGUCGAACCCCAGCGGCAAAGGACAGGGUGUUUUCCCGUGGAUGAAAGAUUCACGUCACAACAGUAAACAGCGACCUACUGCUGCUACAGUCGAACCAGCCAAGAGAGCCCGGACAGCUUACACCAGUGCUCAGUUAGUGGAAUUGGAAAAGGAGUUCCAUUUUAAUCGUUAUUUAUGUAGGCCUCGGAGAAUAGAAAUGGCAGCCUUACUUAACCUUUCCGAGCGUCAAAUUAAAAUCUGGUUUCAGAAUAGGAGAAUGAAGUUUAAAAAGGAUUGUAGACUGAAAGGAGGUUCCGAUAAAAUGGACGGAUACGGCGGAAGUGACACGGAAAAUAGUGGCUCACAUGAUCUCAGCGCCAGUCCUGAUUGUAUUGCAAUGAACUGUGGAGGUGAAACUCCUAAUGGACACCGUAUUCCCGCCUCUGGUCAUUCCCCAUCCCAUCCCUCAUGCGAACAACAAUCUAGGCAGCUUAAUCAUAUUCAGAGCAUGCGCAUACCAACACAGAUCAGUCCUGUGCCACAAUCAGACAGCCCGUCAUUGAUUGCGCGUUCAACAAUUUCCCCCGGAUCUCAAAUAAACUCCGUCACGUCCCCUUAUUCCCAGGCAGGACAUAAUAUGUAUAUGUCCCACAAUUCUAGUAUCCCAGGUUACCAUAGUAAUAAUAACAAUAGUAUGAUGGCACCUGGAAACGUAUAUUCGGAUAUGCACCCAGGAAUUGAAUCCCAGCAACAAGGACAGUGCAUGACCUCUGGACCACCAAUGUCCAAUUCCAUGAGUUGUUCUGUAUCGUCAAUGGGUGGUUACAAUCAAAACGGAUAUGACUAUAUACCCAAACUAACGCACCUGUAGAAUUCAAAUUAAUAUAGUCUUAGAGUUAUUUUAUUUUCUAAAACGGGUGUAAAGUCUUCUGAGAGUUGAGCAUGUGGUGGAGUUGAGCAUGCGGAACAGGGCGUGGAGCUUGAUCUAGAAAGAACUGUGAAGAAGGCACGCAAUUCGUAAAGUCAACGAUAUUGGUAAUUAUCAUCAACAAAGAAUCUUCUAAGAAUACCCGAUGAUUGGUGUAGGGCUACCUUAAUGCAGACCCCAUAUAUUGAUUGACAUAUUUAAACCGAGAGUUAGUUGAUUAGGUUAAAAGAAGAGAAGAGAAUUAAAGGUUUCGUUCUACUGGUGUUUUAAGGACAAUAAAAGCCGAUAAAAAUUAAGGCCGAUGCUGCACACGAUAUAAUCCCCAGAUCAGAUUACAUACGGGUAAUUAGAGAGGAAAGGUUUGUGGACGUAUACGUUGCAUUAUGGACACAGAUGGUUUGACAAAACCCCUAUCACAAUAACUCACCUGUAAUUUCCCUUGCCGCCAUUGUCUUUUUACUUGACCUUUAAGCAACACGCUUCGGGUAAAAAAUGCAACUCGUACCCAGGGAGUGAUUACGACGGCAAUCACACCAGUAAUUUGCCCACUCGCUCGGCCAGAACAAUCUCGUCAAAACUGACAUUUAGAGACCUUCGUUCCCUUCAGCUUCAUUGAGCUCAGUUAAACAAGAAAAAGACUAGGUGUGAUACGUUUAUAACAUGAUGUAAUUUUAUUGUUGGUGGCCAUAUUGUGUUUAGAGUCAAGGUGUUAAGACCAUGUUUAGCAGCUGGCGGCCAUUGCAAGGGAGACAAAUCUCACAGCAUGACCUCCUCGGUGGCUGGAACGAGAAGGUAUAUUAAAAUAUAGCCUGCUGCAUAAACACCAGUUUAACUUGAUUGGAUUCCAAUAAGAGUAGCAGAUUGCCUUUUUGAUAAAUGGAUCCUAUUACGUUGACCAAUUGGGUCGAGCUAUUAUUAAGUAUUUAGUGUGAUGUAACGUUUUUAAUAUAUUGGCCUUGCUGUCGUGUCAUACGAAACUUUUCAUGUGCAAUAAAAAUAUGAUGUCACUAAUGCGAAAAUGAAUAUAUUUGCCACUAGGAACAUAUUUAACAUUUGUAAAAAAAAACCCAGAUUGAUUGGCAUAAUUCUUAGCAUUAAUUAAUUAAUUAAUCAUAUAUUGUUGUUGGAUUAUUUUUUUUCUCGCAUUUUGUUUUAAAUUUCUGCGGUGUAUAAAUAUUAUUAAUAUUGUUCCGAGUGUAUAUAUAAAAAGAUGUAACUUAAAUUUAAAAGAGAAAUGAAUUAUAAAGCUUAUUUUACCGAGAAAUGCUCAAUAUAGUAAAUAUAUGUAUAGAUAAUUAUUAUAAAAAAAAUUAUCAGGGUUAAAAUGGAAUUAUGAAAUGUUUUAUCAAAAGCAUGCAAUGGACAUUAUAACGUGUGUAGACUGUCUUUUUUUUUUCUUUUUUUUUUGUGUGUGUUACAUUCGAAAUCCGAUAACAUGGGGUCCUCCUUAAUUAUAUUCUAUAUAUACCUUGUCUUAUGUCAAAAGUUUCAUAAUUUGUUUGUAAGUAAAGCGGUAUAUAUUGUUUUCAAUGUGAUUGAAAUUGGGCUUAACGUCCACGUAACACAAACUAUGUCAUUUCGGGACUAACAUAUGCUUCAAUUUUAUUUCAAUAAUUCUCUUUCAAGUAGGGGUAUUUAGUUAUGGGAGCACAUCAUGUACCCCUUGUCAUGUGCAAGUGUGGGAUAAGAUUGAAAUCACGCCACUAAACUCAUUAACAGACCUUAUUACCCAAAGUGCAUGCUCUAGACCAUUGAUGAAUGAAUAAAUGUAGCUCAUUAUCAUAUAAGCCUCUUGAUAUGUAUCCGCAUUUUCCUGGUGGUAUGGAUUUCUGCUGCCGCAAGAUCAAUUGAAACAAAUUAAAUAGGUGUUUACCUUGCUUUUAAAAUAAUCAUUAAUUAAAUUGUGUGUUUGUAAAAUUGUUGUGGUUGCAUGUCAAAUUUUCCUUGGAUUUAGCUACUUUAGAGUCCCAAUUUUUGUUCCGUUUCAGUUUAUAUCAUUCAUAAAGAACAUUGUGAUAUUUUUGAUUUUUAAAAAGUAAAAAUCUGUCAAAUUAC